UAAACAUUGCGAGAGUUAUACAAGCUUUUCUGGCAAAGAGCCUUUUUCGUGGAGCAAAAAAUCGAUUUUUGUCGUCUGGUUUGUACUGAUCAACAAAUUGCAGACGGGUAAAUUGAUCUCAUAACAAUUUCAACCACAAGGAAUAGAGAUGAUUCGCGGAAAAUCACACUGGUUGAAAGCAUAUGUUCAAUUGCUUGUUUCUUGUUGACCAAGGUUGAAAGAACCACGCACCUGUCGAGUGAGAAAUUUUCGAAUUUCUUGGCUCAGAUUUGUUACGGAGUUUUUGCCCGCAAAACCACAAGUGCACCAACGUGGACUGUUAAAAUAAUCUUUUCUGGGAUUUGUGGCAGAGUUGGGGUGAGAAAAAAACGCCCAGCGCCGAUGAGGAAUUCCCUUUGGAAAUGAAUGAGUUGAAUACGGUUGCAGUCAAGGAAAUUGUUAGCAUAAGGGAAGAAGAAAAACUAGACAAAGAAGAGGAGGAACCAAGCAUGCAAGAUGUGGAAAUUCCGGGCAGUUCAAACAACGUGCAAGAUUGUGAGCUGCACAAGCAACGCAGUCAAACAUCGUCCUCGCCGCCGCAAACAGCGAAACGAAAAGAUCGCAUAAGCAUUAAUGUUGGUGGUAUCAGACACGAAACGUAUCGUAGUACACUAAAAAAUAUUCCCGACACUCGUUUGUCGUGGCUUGCAGAUGCCUCGCCUGGUUCCGUGGACUAUGAUGCAGAUAUGGGAGAAUACUUUUUUGACCGCCAUCCAAGCGUAUUUUCUAAUGUUUUAAACUAUUAUCGCACGGGAUAUCUUCAUUGCCCGUUGGAUGUUUGUGGACCUUUAUUCGAAGACGAGCUGAAUUUUUGGGGAAUUGAUGAUCAGCAAGUGGAGUCCUGUUGCUGGUUAACGUAUCGACAACAUCGAGAUGCACAAGAAACGCUCGCUGCGUUCGAAGGAGUGGAAUUCGAAAACGAUUUUGACGAUGAAGAACAGCCUGAUUUUGGCCGAUACGGCUUCACAUUCGCGGCGGAAACCGAACCAAAUGUAACUUGGUGGCAGAAAUAUCAGCCGCGAAUUUGGACUUUAAUGGAGGAGCCGUAUUCUUCAAAGCUUGCGAAGGUCAUUGCAUACACGACACUGACACUGAUCGUCCUGUCAGUGAUCUUGUUCUGUUUGGAGUCCAUACAAUAUUUCCGUGAGGAAAAACCCGAGCUGGCGCUUAAAAUCUUGGAAGCAAUCUGCGUUGCCUGGUUUACGCUGGAACUUUUGGUUCGAUUCAUCUUUUGUCCACAUAAAUUGGCAUUCUUCAAAAAAGUUAUGAACUGGAUAGAUUUUUUGGCGAUCGUGCCGUUUUACGUCAGCCUAUACCACGCUACAGAGAACAGUGACAACGUGGAGAUCUUGAAUAUAAUUCGGCUCAUCAGAAUUUUCCGGAUUUUCAAACUUUCUCGUCACUCAUCCGGGCUUCAAAUCUUGGGACACACUUUGCGAGCAAGCGUGCGCGAGCUACUUCUACUAAUUUCGUUUUUGAUCAUCGGAGUUGUCCUAUUUGCUAGUUUAAUUUAUUACUGGGAGAAAGACGUUCCCAACACGAAAUUCUGCGACAUACCAAAUUGCUUCUGGUGGGCCGUGGUUACCAUGACGACCGUGGGUUAUGGUGACAUGGCACCCAUAACGCCUAUGGGUAAAUUUAUUGGCAGCAUUUGCGCGGUUUGUGGAGUGCUGACGAUAGCACUUCCGGUUCCUGUAAUUGUCAACAAUUUUUCUUUGUACUAUUCUCACGCCCAGGCGAGACUUAAAUUACCGAAGAAGCGACGUCGAGUUCUCGUUAAUGCUCCGAACGCUCUUAAGGCGUCGGCCGUCGUCGAGAAUGGAAUGAGUGGUGAUUCCAAUGGCAGCUCUGAUAGCGGCUGCACUGAGAACAGUGCUGCAAAUGGUGGAAGAAAGUGUAGUCUUCUGAUUACUGAUGAACUCAAUGAAGUUAAACCCAGACGGCCUGUGAGGAGGGAUAGUCAUUUGUUUAAUAAUACAUCAACUUCCAAUGGAGAUGUUGCUGCUACCGCUGCCACAACAAACAACAGCAGUCGACAAAAUUACGCCAUGCAGAAACGGCUGUCAAUGAGACCUACAGUACCCACCCUACCGGAAGUGGAAUGAAACCAACGAUACCAAACCUAGCGGAUAUGAAAUGAACCCUUCCCGAGAUUACGUGUCAUCUAUGGAGGUAAGG